AUGACGGCCACUCCGCCUAGCAAGAUAUCCCUCCCCCCUCGACCAACGGCGACCGAUCUCCUGGGCGAUUCAGCCCUAUCCACCGAAACGCCCUCCCCGACCGUCCAGCGCAAUCUUAACAACCUCAACCUCAACUCCCCUAAUGGCUCGCCAUCGUUCCAAGCUAGAUCGGGUGGUACACUUCCUCGUGCGGCCUCCAGAAGUCAUAGGAGAUCAGUGAGAAACAGUUUCGCAAGUUAUGGCAGAGGUGGGAGAAGGAUGAGCAGAGGUACACCAGGUGGUGGAGUAGAUAUAGGUUCGCCUUUAGUGGAUGAUGAAGAUCUCCAACCAAAACUACCUACGUUAGUACCUGGAAUCAGACCUGCUUAUUCUACUCCGCUACCUGUAUUACCUAUGAUCGUUAUGUGUAUCGCGAUGUUAUCCGAAUUGCUCUCUGCAAACUUGUGUACCCCCUUCUUGCUCAAGAUGGUCGAAGGCUUCUUCAUUUCAUCCGGGAGAGAGAAGAACAGUGAAACAGAGGCAGCCGUCGGAUUAUGGACUGGUAAUCUCGUCUCGGUCUUUUUCAUCACGCAAUUCUUUACCUCUCUUCUAUGGAGUAGUAUAGCAGACAGACAUGGACGAAGAGCGGUCUUGGUAGCUAGUUUACUGGGAAGUGCAAUUGCUUUAACCAUUUUUGGUACUUCUGAAUCUCUGCCCGAGGCUAUCUGUGUAAGACUGAUUCAAGGUAUCUUUGGUGGUGCUGUUGGAGUAUUCCGAGGAUCCAUUCGAGAUCUGACAGAUGAUACCAAUGCUUCUCGAGCGUAUGCUGUGUUAGGAUUCUCAUGGGGUUUUGGAGGUGUCAUCGGCCCAAUCAUCGGUGGUGUCUUUGAAAGUCCUGUGGACAAUUUCCCUGGAACCUUCUUGAGCAAGAUUGGUCUAUUCCAGGGCUUCCCUUACGUCCUUCCUACCCUUAUCGCUAGUGUAAUUCUCGUCGCUGGCGCGAUCCUCGCUUGCUUCCUUUCUUGGGAUGGUGGUGUAAGAGGUGGAUCUCGUAUCGCUCUCACCGUAGAAAAGGAUGAACCUCUGGCCGGAGCAUCACCUGCUGUCGAACGUACCAUUUCCCCUGCUCCAUCCAGCAGAACAGCCAUCCGAGUUCCAUCGUUCAGUAUCAGGCGAAACGCUGCAUUUUCUCCUGGCGAAACCGAAGCUGCUUCUCACGGUGCCGGGUACCCCGCUCUUUCUACCACCCCUCACGCCAGAAGAGACAGUAGAGCAAGCUUGGGUACGGCUUAUGGAUACGGUGGUAUUCGAUCCAAACAUCCCACUUUGGCUGCUAGAGCUGCUUUGGAAGCUGCUAGACGAGCUUCUGCAGCUAUACCAAGACUUGAAGAUGAGGAAGAAGAUGAAGAAGAAGGUGCUCAUGCUCGAGGUGCUUUGGGCUUAGCACAGAAACUCCUUUUAGCUAACGAGGAAAAUACCUUCAACAUCAACGAUUUAUGGGUUUCCGCCGCUGUCGCUCAAGAUACCGCGGUCUUUGAGGAUGAAGAUGAGACUGAAGGAGAAUUGACAGAAGAAGAACAAGCUAUUGAUGAAGAGAAUGAAACUCCUCAACCCUCACCUGGACUCACACCUGGUUCCACUAUUGAUGAUCCAAGAGCAAGUCUAGGACAUAGAAAACCUAGUGUUAGACCCAACAGGAUUGUAUCGGGUGCUUCAUCCAUAUACAAACCCCUUGGUGGACAUAGAUUAUCGGUAUCCCACGGCGGUCGAAGAUUCAGUACCUCUUCGGGACACAUGCCUGCUAUCUUCUCGAACACCGGUGUACGAACUCCCCCUGCUGUAGCUGCUGCCUAUGAAGGUGAAUCACCCUCAGUAGAAACUGGCGGAGACCCGUUCUUCCCUGCUCCAGCCGACAGAAGACCCGGUCAAGCCGCUGGUGGAUUAAGCGUGAUCGCUGAAGGUCAGACGAGUACUGCGAUUGUGCCUACUAGUCCGGGCGGUACUCAGCAGGUAUCAGAGAAACAACCGAGCUCUUUCGCUUUGUUACCUUUCCUGAUGAUUAUGCAGUACGGCCUCGUUGCGUUACAUGGUACGAUUCAUGAUCAAGUGUUCCUUUCUUUCCUCGUCACACCAUAUCGAUCUGGCGGUCUAGGUCUCAAUCCGGCCCAUUUCUCCUUCCUCGUAGCGAUCAUGUGCUGCUGUCAACUAGUCUACCAAUUCUACCUUUAUCCGAGAUUAGGUCCACCUUUAGGGAAAUUCAAUCAUCUUCAAAUGUUCAGGAUCGGGAGCGCCCUGUACCUCCCUGCGUACUUUUCUCUACCUGUCUUGCAUAAAAUAGCUUCGCCUGAUUCCGAGGGUGGAUUCAUGCUCAUGACUGGUUUGACCUUGAUCACUGCUAUAAGGUACUGUGCCAGUACUUUCGCCUAUACCUCUGUCAUGGUUCUCAUCAACGCAAUGUCACCGCCUCACGUCGUUGGCUUAGCAAAUGGUUUGGCUCAAAGCACUGUAUCUGCUUCUAGAUUCUUUGGGCCUAUCAUUGGUGGUGCUGUAUGGAGUGCAUCCAUCAAUGGCAAUCCGACAGGGUACGCAUACGGCUUCUAUUUCUGCACGAUCGCUUGUUUCAUCCAAUUAUGCCUAUCGUUCUUAAUCCGAUGA